UUCCGGCCCAUUAUGACGCCCUCGGAGGCGGCGAGCAUCCUGUUCACUCUCGAAACCUUCGUCCGCGCCUGCGACAAGGCUCGCCUCGACUACUUCCUGACAGAGGCGUCCCUCAUGGGGGCCGUGCGUCACCACGGGCUCAUCCCAUGGGACGACGACAUCGACGUGGCCAUGAGCGCGAGGCAGUGGCGCGAGAUUCGUGACGUCCUCGGGAACAUCCGGGGAUUUGAGCUCUACGCCCCCGGAGACAGCCAAUGGAAAUUCUACAUGACGUCAGCAAAGGCUUUUCCCGACAAGCCUUUCAAAUUUCCUAAUCUCGAUAUCUUCUUUUACGAGGAGGACGCAACCCACAUAUGGGCCGUGACCAAGGGACUGAAACACGAUUUGGUUUUCUCUAAAAAGGAUAUCUUCCCCUUGCAGCCGCGCCCGUUUGAGCACCUGGUGGUGCCCGUCCCGUGCAACCUUGAUCUCGUGGUGCACCGGUCGCAUGACAUGCACGAGUGCGUCACGCCGGAGUACGUCCACAAGACCAACACCAACUUCUACUUCGGCGGGAGGAUAUCGGUCCACUGCAGGGUCCUCUACGACGUGUACCCGUUCGUGUUC